CUGAGCUCACGGCGGAGCCGCCGGCGGGGCGGCUCCGGGGAGGGGUUUGCGGAGCAAAUCCAGUGAAAUUUGGCAGGAAGCAGCAGCUCCUCGCCGCACAUUUCCCUGCCUGCAGGAGGAAUUUUUUGCAGCGCUCAGCCCGGGAGGAAAACCUGGAUGAAGCUGGGCUGAGCUGCCCCCCAGCACAGGCACCGCUCAUCGAGGCCAGCCCUGCCUGCCCUGCCUGGCUCUGGCUCUGAGGACUGCGAUCACUGACAAUGGGCAGCUCCCGGGUUUUCCCCUCCCAGCAGUGCCUGCUGCUGCUGCUGCUGGCCGAGCUGGGCUGUGCCCAGUACGAGCACUGGCCGUACCCGCCCGGCUACCCCGAGCCAGCCCCCCCGGUGUUCCAGCCGCCCCCGAGACCCCCCAACGUGCCCAAAAUCCAGCUGAGGCUGGCGGGGCAGAAGAGGAAGCACAACGAGGGCAGGGUGGAGGUGUUCUACAGCGGCGAGUGGGGCACCGUGUGCGACGACGACUUCUCCAUCCACGCCGCCCACGUGGUGUGCCGGGAGCUGGGCUACGUGGAGGCCGUGUCCUGGCUGCCCAGCUCCAAGUACGGCAAAGGAGAAGGGAAGAUCUGGCUGGACAACGUGCACUGCACGGGCAGGGAGAGCAGCCUGGCCGCCUGCGGCUCCAACGGCUGGGGCGUCAGCGACUGCAAGCACAGCGAGGACGUGGGCGUGCUGUGCAGCGAGAAGAGGAUCCCCGGCUUCAAGUUUGACAACUCCCUCAUCAAUCAAAUUGAGAACAUGAACAUCCAGGUGGAGGACAUCCGGAUCCGCGCCAUCCUGGCCACCUACCGCAAGCGGGUCCCUGUCACCGAGGGCUACGUGGAGGUGAAGGACGAGGGCACCUGGAAACAGAUCUGUGACAAGCACUGGACCAUGAAGAAUUCCCGGGUGGUCUGCGGGAUGUUCGGCUUCCCGAGCGAGAGGAAAUACAACACCAACGUCUACAAGAUGUUUGCCAGCAGAAGGAAGCAGCACUACUGGGCUUACUCCAUGGACUGCAGCGGGAACGAGGCUCACAUUUCCAGCUGCAAACUGGGAAACCACCUGACGGGCACUGGGAAGAACAGCAGCUGUGACAACGGGAUGCCCGCGGUCGUCAGCUGCGUGCCCGGCCGCGCCUUCGCCCCCAGCAGCCACAGCGGCUUCCGAAAGGCCUUCAGGCAGGAGCAGCCCCUGGUGAGGCUGAAGGGAGGAGCCAACACGGGGGAAGGCCGCGUGGAGGUGCUGAAGAACGGCGAGUGGGGCACGGUGUGCGACGACAACUGGAACCUGGUGUCGGCCAGCGUGGUGUGCCGCGAGCUGGGCUUUGGCAGCGCCAAGGAGGCCAUCACGGGGGCCAGGCUGGGCCAAGGAAUGGGUCCCAUCCACCUGAACGAGAUCGACUGCACGGGCUUUGAGAAGUCGGUCACGGACUGCAAGUUCAACACCGAGUCCCAGGGCUGCAACCAUGAGGAAGAUGCUGCUGUGAGGUGCAACGUGCCAGCCAUGGGCUUCCAGAACCAGCUUCGCCUGAGCGGGGGCCGCAACCCCUACGAGGGCCGCGUGGAGGUGCUGGCCGAGCGCAACGGCACCCUGCGCUGGGGCACGGUCUGCAGCCACAACUGGGGCACCGUGGAGGCCAUGGUGGUGUGCCGGCAGCUGGGGCUGGGCUUUGCCAGCCACGCCUUCCAGGAGACGUGGUACUGGCACGGGGACGUCAGCGCCGACGACGUGGUGAUGAGCGGGGUCAAGUGCUCGGGGACAGAGAUGUCCCUGUCCCACUGCCGGCACGACGGGGCCCACGUGUCCUGCCCCCGGGGAGGGGGACGCUUCGGGGCCGGCGUGUCCUGCUCGGAGACCGCCCCUGACCUGGUGCUGAACGCGGAGCUGGUGGAGCAGACGGCCUACCUGGAGGACAGGCCCAUGUUCCUGCUGCAGUGUGCCCUGGAGGAGAACUGCCUGGCCAGCUCGGCCCACAACACCUCGCUGACCUCGGGCUACCGGCGCCUGCUGCGCUUCUCCUCGCAGAUCCACAACAACGGCCAGUCCGACUUCCGGCCCAAGAACGGCCGCCACGCCUGGGUGUGGCACGACUGCCACCGGUGGGUGCCAUCCCUGGGCUCACUGCCACCCGCCAGCCCCUCCCACAGCCACAGGGAACUUCUGUCCCCAUUUUGUCCCCGUUUUGUCCCAGUUGUAUUGAACACUUUUUGCCUUCAUUCUCCUCCUGCAGACGUGCAGAAGCAGUACGAGUGUGCCAAUUUUGGGGAGCAGGGGAUCACGGUUGGCUGCUGGGACGUUUAUCGGCACGACAUCGACUGCCAGUGGAUCGACAUCACCGACGUCCCCCCCGGGGAUUACCUCUUCCAGGUGGUGAUCAACCCCAACUACGAGGUGGCAGAGUCGGAUUAUUCCAACAACGUCAUGAAGUGCCGGAGCCGCUACGACGGGCAGCGCAUCUGGAUGUACAACUGCCACAUAGGCGGUUCCUUCAGCGAGGAGACGGAGCAGAAGUUCGACCACUUCAGGGGACUCACAAAUAACAACGUGGCUGCCCGGUAGAAUUCCCACUAAUUUAAGGAAGCCAGGACUCCUGCCCCGGCCCUUCCCGAACCACUGCACCCCAGGAAAUGGAGCCUCCACCAAACUCUGAACUUCGGGUGAAUCAUCCCUGAAGAAGCCUCCCCCUCCCCAGUUUAGGUGCUCAGGCCACCCCUCGGUGCCUCCUGCAAUUCCAGCUCUCCUCAGCUCCAGCUCUUCACCAUUCCAAAGAUUUCUCCCACAUUUUGCAGCACUCCUCGCCUCAGGUUGGGCGCCAGCCACCCCAAAGUGCCUUUAUCCUUCACUUCCAAGGCAUUAUUUGGGAAUU